AUCAUCAGCGAGUUCUCAUUCUUUUGAGCAAUCAUGAAAUUCUCCCUCAUUGCCGCCCUGGCAUCUAUCGCUGCCGCCUCCCCUCUCGAAAUUUCAAAGCGCCAAUCCACCUCCUGGCAAUACUCAUGCGGAUCCGGCGCCGCGCCCAGCUCCUUCAAAGCCUUCAAUCUCGGCAGCUGCACCGCGCAACUCACGCUCAACAAGGACCGCUACAUCGGCGUACAAUGGGCCUUUGAAGCAACCUACGCCGACGGCACUCGCGCCGUGCACGCACCGUUCCGGGGCGUCGCGAAUUUCGGCGUCAGUGAUGCCUUCUACCCGUUGCCGGGGAACAACUUCCUCACGGCCUUACCGGGGAACUCGGCGUUUACGGCUGUGCAUGAGUUUGCGAAUGUGUGUAAGGGCGGGCAAGCGCCGGUGAGUUGGCGGUUUUAUACCACGAGUGCGAAUUCGGCGUGUUCGUCGAGCAGUUACCGGUACACGUCGGGGCAGAUUCCUGCGACGAAUGGUGCGGUGAGGCCGGCGAAGGUGUCGGGUGUGGUUAUUCGACGGGCGAACAAUGCAGGUGACUUUACGGUGACUUGGGCGCCGGUUGCGAAUGCUGUGGCGUACUCGGUAAUUGUGCAGUACCCGACGGGCACGGAUGAGAUUGGACGGCCGUACACGAAUGUCAGGGGUGCGCGCGUUCAGGGCGCUACUACACGCACUAUUGCAACCACGACUAGAAGGCAAGACGUGCAGCGUGAGGCGAUCGUGCAUGCGGUCAACUCUCAAGGCGUGUGGUCUUUGACAACUGAUGUACAGCCGGUCGCGGCGAGCUGGUAGGAAUAGCAAGAGACGGUUCUUGAGGUGGUUCACAGGGAAAUGUCUCAUGCAGUCAAAGAAGAGGUUGGUGGGAUACUAAAUAUGUGAGCAUGACAGACUUGCAUAAUUUGUAAUCAAAACCACAUUCACAUCAGU